UUCUUUGCCAUGGGGGUAACCCUGAUGCCCUCAUAGGACACAUUUGGUUUUUCAGAAAUGCAUUUUGAGGGGUCCACAUGUUCUAGGCUUAUACUGGGUGCUAAGAAACAUUGGCAGAUAAAACAGAGCCAGUCUGUGCCUUAUAGAUCUCAGGUCUUAAGGAAGAGAUGUAGAAGCAAUGGCAGGUAUCGUAUGCCUCCUUGGGACUCUUGUUCACUGGGCUUUUACUUGCCAGUCCUAAAAGUGUAGGCCUUUUCUCAAUCCUCAGCAGCAGGGGAGAGCAUACCCAUUCCCCUUUCAUUGGCAGAGAGUCAUUGUGAGCCUUCAUCCAUGAACAGGAACCAGAUACCCAGCGAUCUCAGAAAUCUCCAGAGAAAAGGUUACCAAUGCUGAUGGGAACUCUUUUCUCUGACCCAGCUGUUCCCUGGCCUCCCAUCAGAUACCAGGGAAAGUCACACUUUCAAGUCUGAAGCAAGGGCUGCUGGGACAGUGUGUCUUAUGCUAAGAGCUCUUAUCACACCCAGACAUACACAGAACACGCAGGCCUCUUACUGUUAUACAAGAGCUGUGCAGGUGGACCUUAGGCUGGUCCAAUGCUGCCCCAUCCACAAUUAGUCUGUGGUCAGCUUGUACUGAGUGACUCCAGACAGUAUGGUCUAUGUUGUGACUUGGGAGCAGCAGCUCCCAAAGAGAAGAAGGUCUAGGCCAUGGGAAACAGGAGCAGCAGCUAAAGACAAAAUCUGGAUGGGGGAGGGGGCGGAGGAGAAAGGUCACAAUGACAUCUUUGCCCCUUGUCUUUUCCUUACUUGUUUUUUAUCUGCCAGUUAUACAUCUCAAUGUAUCUCUUAGAUAUUCUGGGCACAAAUUAAAUACCAGAUAGUUUUACAGUAAUGAGGAAAUAGGAAAUUACCUAAAUAGAGCCAUUUGGUAAGGAAGAUACUUUGAAAUAAUAACCAUGAAAUGUGACAAGGGGUGACAAUAACUGGGGAGAAGAAAAAGGGCAAGGGCCGAGUAAGAGUAUAACUGGAGUAUUGUCUCACAUAGAGUGACAGGGGACAGCCUCUCUGACAAGCAGAGGCUGAGAGAACAAAGGACUGAACCUUUGACUGGGACAAGUAGCUGGAACAGCAGGUGCCAAUAUACUGAACCUUGUGUCUUUCCACCAAGGCUGACCAACACCUGCACACUGAAAGCAUGACUCAUGAGAGGAGGCCUACCCUAUACAUUUGUUUUUACCCAUUCAUUUAUUAAGCAAAUGCUUUCUCAGUGAAGAUCAAAAUUCCUGUUCACAAAACGCCUGAAGACUCAAUGGGCAGAUUAAUUAUCAGGCAAGCGAGUGUGAUUUGAGUUGUCUUUGAGAGGCCUGGGAACAGAACAGAGGGUCAGACAGGAUGUAGGUUAGAGAAGGCUUCCUGGCAGAGGUGGUGAACAUGAGGCAGUCUGGACAAGGGAAAGAUUAUACAAGCAUUUGGGAUGAGAAAGAGCCUGGAGAAUCUGGCACUGGCUGAAAGCAGAGCUGGUACAGUGAAGUAAGAGAAGAAGUGGGAAGUGUAAAAAAAGAUCAGAUUCCUGGGGGAACAGAGUGCUGGGCCGAAGAAUCACAUGGGAUACAGGAAAAACUGCAGAAACAAGGGGACCAGAAUGAAAGCAUGGAGACCCAUAACCAGUACCCAAAUUACCCUCUCAUACUACGGUGACCUGAGCUUGAAUUGGUGAAGUAAAAAUGAAGAGGGCAUUCAAGACAUUUGAAAUGUAGGAAGUCAAGGUGUAGAGCUUCCUAGAAUUGAGGCCUGAGGAGGAAAGGAGAGUCAAGCCUCCACCUUGGAAGACUCGGGAGCAGUGCUACAACUGAACAAGGUGGAUGAUAGACAUGAGGGGAGUGGAGUCGAGUCAGGGGAGCUGAUGAGUUCAGAUUGGAAGCUGUUGAGUUUGAGGGACCCUCAAGUGUCUGAACCCAGGAAAAGAAGCCAAACAGAAACUGGGGACUGGCUAUGAAGCUCAGGAGAGUCACCCAAGCUGGGGCUCAGCCUAUGGGUGAAUUUGAAAUUCUGUGCUAAAGUUUGAAUCUGCAAUGGUCUUCACAGGUCCCUCUUUCCAACAUAUGUGUCCCAGAUGCUGGUAUUAUCUGAGAUGCCAUGGAGCCUCUAAGAAGUGGGGUGCAGUUGGCAGAAGUAGGUCACUUGAGGGCAGACCUUUCUAAGUUAGGCCUGAUCUCACUUCCUGUCUUGCUCUCUACUUCCUGGUUUUUCAUGAUGUGAAUAAACUCCCUCUACCACAGACUGGACUGUACACUAUGGUUUCUGCCAUGAUGGACUGAAGCCCUCUGUCCUGGUUGGUUUUCUGUCAGCUUGAUACAAGCUAGAUUGAGUUAUCAAGGAAGAGGAACAUCAGCUGAGAAAAAUGCCUCUGUAGCAUUGGCUGGGAGAGGGGAGUCCAUUGUGUCUGUGAGUAGAGCCCCUGUCAAGUCAACUACACCCCAGGAGAGACUUAUACUUCCAAGAAUAUUUGGGCAAUAGAAAUUGGCCUCAGAGGAAAAAUUAGACACCAAGUUGAGUGCACAUGGGACAUUGGGGUUAGAUAUUGGAAGACUUGGAGAAGGGUCAGAAUCUGAGCAAACCUUUAAAGCUGUUCUCACAGUUCUAUACUGGCCAGUGCCUAGACUAGUCUACUUGUUUUAAAGACUCAGAGGAGAGGCUACCCUGGUGCUGAUAUUGUUCGAAAGCCUUGGACAUCUCUUUUCAUCCCUUUCUAAGCAUUCCCCUGAAAAUUGGGUAAACUCUGUGUGCCAAGAACAAGGGGCUCUCAGACCUCCUCCCUUCUUUCCUGCACAUCCCCUGGCCCCACGAGUCAAGCAGAAGUGUUCUGAUGCAAUUAGCUAGGAGCAGGAAUUGAAUUGGAUAUCUACUGAGCAAACAAGCUCAUUUGGUUUCUGUCUACUUUGCUUUGGCCAUUUUCGCUUCCUUCUUAUUAGUGUUUGCUCUGUGGGAACAGGCAUGACAUUGGCUUUGUGGGUUUACUGGAGGAUCCGAUGUGAGAAAGUAAUGAUCAAGGGUAUUGACUGUGCCUGAUACAGCCAACCUUAAGUACAUAUUGCAGUUGCUUACGGAGAAACAUCCGUGUGAAACAGCACCUUCUGGAAGAGUUUCCAUGCCGGUGGCACAAAAGACCUUCUUUCACUACCCUUGAUGGUCAAUGGCUUAUCUUACCUGUGUUCAUCAAGUCCUAGUGCCUGGGAACCUAGUGCCAGUCCUACCUCAGCACCAAUCAUGAAGAGCCACAUGGGUGGGGAGUGUCAGUAUAAAGGAGUCAGGCAGCAGGUUAUGUUCCCACACUGGGCAGGGGAGGAAGGAUACUCUGGGUUCUUCUCUUACGGUAACUCCUGCUCCAAAGCCCAGGAAGAUUUAGUCUCCCUUGCAGAUUUAUGGAGAAUCUGCAGGCUGCAGAGUAACCUGCAAGCCUCACUUUAUGAAAAGGAUGGUGGGUUGUGAGCUGCUGUGGCUGGCUGCAGCCUCCUGCGUUCUGACACUGGUUUCUCCAUCUACAAUACAUCAAGGUUAUGGGAGGCCCAGGAACAGCUCCAAUCUGGACUUGGACUGUGGAUCCCCUGACUCUCCAAGUUCUAGAAUCUGCUUUGACCCCUGUCAGAAUCACACCGUCCUGAAUGAUCCUACCAGAAGCACAGAGAACGAUUCAUCAGAGGCAUGGUGUGAUGAUAACCUGCACGGCUGGUACCGCUUUGUGGGUGAUGGAGGAGUGAAGAUGCCAGAGACCUGUGUGAAUGUGUUCCGGUGCCACACCUCUGCCCCCAUGUGGCUGAAUGGAUCUCACCCCAUCCUUGGAGAUGGCAUUGUCAGCCACACAGCCUGUGCCAACUGGAAUGAAAAUUGUUGCUUCUGGCGUUCUGAGGUCCAGGUGAAGGCCUGUUCAGGAGAACUAGGAGUAUAUUAUGUGUACAAGUUACAGGGCACCCCUGAAUGCAGUCUGAGAUACUGCACAGACCCCUCCACUGUACCAAAGAAUUGCGAGAUUACUUGUCGUCCUGAGGAGGAAUGUGUAUUCCAAAAUAACAACUGGGCCUGUGUCUGUAGGCAGGACCUCAAUGUUUCUGACUCUCAGCGUUUGCAGCCUUUUCUGGAAUGUGGAGAUAAUGAGAUCAAGGUGAAGUUGGACAAGUGUUUGCUGGGAGGUAUGGGUUUCAAGGAGGAGAUCAUUGCCUACCUGAAUGACCGGAACUGCAAUGGUACCAUGCAAGAUGAGCCCAACAACUGGGUGUCCAUGACCAGCCCUGUUGUGGCUAAUGACUGUGGGAACAUCCUGGAGAAAAAUGGGACCCAUGCCAUCUACAGAAAUACCCUUUCCUUGGCCCCUGACUUUAUUAUCAGGGACUUUCGUGUCAAUGUCAACUUCCAGUGUGCCUACCCACUGGACAUGAGCGUCAGCCUCGAAACUGCUCUCCAGCCCAUUGUAAGUUCCCUGACUGUUGAUGUGGACGGAGCAGGAGAGUUCGAUGUCAAGAUGGCCCUCUUCCAAGACCAGAGCUACACAAACCCUUAUGAAGGGGCCGAAGUGUUGCUUCCAGUGGAGUCUACACUCUAUGUGGGUGCCCUCUUAAAUAGAGGGGAUACCUCCAGGUUCAAACUGUUGCUGACCAACUGCUAUGCCACCCCUUCAGAAGACAGGCAUGACCCUGUGAAGUACUUCAUCAUCAAGAACAGAUGCCCAAACCAACGUGAUUCCACCAUCGAUGUGCGGGAGAAUGGUGUGUCCUCAGAAAGCCGAUUUUCAGUGCAGAUGUUCAUGUUUGCUGGAAAUUAUGACUUAGUUUUCCUGCAUUGUGAGGUUUACCUGUGUGACUCCACUACUGAACAGUGUCAACCAUCUUGCUCUACAAGUCGACUUCGCAGUAGUGGACCAGCCAUUGACUAUAAUCGGGUUCUGGAUUUAGGACCCAUCACUAAAAGAAGUGCUCAGACUUCUACUACCUCGAAGGGGACUCCCCACACUACAGGGUUCCUGUUGGCCUGGCCCAUGUUCUUCCUGCCUGUCUUCCUGGCUCUACUGUUCUGAGAGGCCAGCUGAGCACCUGGCCUUAAAGUUCUUCCCUCUGGCAAUGGCUCACACCCAUUCCUCAGUAGAACUGGAUUCCUCUGUGAAUCAUUUUGAUUGCCCUGGAAAUGCAAUGUAUAUUGAUAACUCCUGGGUAGAGUUGUCCUGUUAGUGGAUGGGAAAGGGCAAAUCCCAUGAUUCUUUCAAAAUGUCUCUUGUCCUGACAGCUGAUGACAUGAAUACAUCAACCCUUGCAUUUAUUCUA